AUGGUGAAGACGCUGUCUGCAUCUGAAAAUGAUGCGCUGCUGCGUGGUAAAUAUCGCUCUUCAACGGUUGAGCAUUCGUCGAGUUGGCACUCUCGACCACGGUGUCGUAGACUUUCCACUUUGCUCUUGUGUCUCUGUAGCUGCUUUCAGAAUCCAGCGACUAGUCCUUGCUCCGGUCUUAUGGUAGCAAUUGCCGGUCUUUUGGUGCUUAUUGGGGUGGCUUGUUCGAUCAUUGCGCUUGUGGGCAGCUACAGUGCCGAUGAAUACUUGUUUCUAGGAGCUAUUGUCUCUGGAGCUUUUGCUCUGGUGAUUAUUGUCGCCUUCCUCACAAGUCCGGCCGUGCGAGCACACCCAAAUCCACUGAUUUUCAGCAAAAGCCUCGUUGACUUGAUGUUGGCUUUAAUUUAUGUGGCCGAGUUCUGUGUAACAGAGUUUUCCGAUUCAGUAGCACUACCGUUUCGCAUCGCAGCGAUCACACAAGCACUACUCAUUGCUGGCGAAUUCUGGUUUUUCGCCAUUCCAAUCGACAUGGUACAGUCAAUUACCAACCCAUUUACGUCUUAUUCGCAUAACUUUCGGAUUUAUUGGUUUUAUUCAGUGCUUAGUGGAAUUGUCUGUGGUUUGGUUUUGUGGUCUCUUGGUGAUGCAGAGGCAGAGUGCAUUAAGACAGAUGAGUCGAAUCCCGACUGUGAAAAGAUUGCCGACGCCAGUGAACAGCGUUUUAUUUGGUUUCAUCAUAAUACAGAUAUGCCCGGCUUUUUCUGGCACCAAUGGAUCUUGUACCACAUGUGUGUCGUCGUAUACUUGCUCUUUGGGAUUGCGUGUAUGGCAUAUGUUCGUAGCCGACUACGUCGUGGACUGGAAGAGACGUUUGAAGUACGUCGACGGGUCUUAUCAAAUGGAAUGCUCUCUUGCGCAGUCUUUAUUUCCUGGUCCUUUAUAACGAUUUGCCUCUUUGCUAUGACCAACAGUGUGGCAGUAAAGGCGGUAUUAAGAAAAAUGCUGUUUAAAGAGCUCAUUGAUUUAAGUGCUUUUUUGCAUUCGUCUCGUGGCUGUGUUAACAUUAUCGUUUGGAUUGUGGUAAAUUCACCAUACUUUCCAUCGCUAUACUCAGAACGCUCUAAUGAUUCGAUACUUCAGUGCCAGUAUGGAAAUGAGCUACUGACGGACGAUUCGUUUUCACCUGGAUUCGAAAUUUAUGAAUGCAAUGAAUAUAGCAAUAAUAUGAACAAUCAUUCCUAUAAACACGAGGAAAAGCUGAUGAAUCCACAAUUGAACGUUGCAUUGCGCAAGCAGAUGAUUCACAUGGCUACAAAUGGCAUCAUCGAGUCCAUUCAGCAUCACCAUCGAAUGCGACGUGAAAAUGGGAAUAAUCAUACAUUUCAAAUGGAUUGGCAACGAUCUCCUCAGCGUCGUAUUCGGCAAUUAGUGUCCUCUUGGUCAACUGAUGACGCAGUGGGCUCACAGACGGUUCCACCAAGAUCAAUGCCCAUUUUACGCGCAAUGAGGAACUCGACGAUUCGAGUGGUAGAGGAGCCUCGUGACAACCCCAGUAAUCUUCGAUUUUCCUUUAUGCCCAUGACAUUGACAGAAAUGCAGUUUUAUGACUUUCAGCCUCGUGUCUUUGCGUCCAUUCGUCAGCUCUAUAGUGUUGAUGAUGCUGAGUAUAUUUUUGCGUUCCGUUCUACGAUCAACGAACGCAUUAGCGAGGGUCGAAGUGGUGCGUUUGUCUUUAACACGUGCGAUCGCAAGUAUAUAGUCAAAAGUACAACGUCCAAGGAGAAGGAUGUGCUUCUGCGGCUGUUGCCGUCGUACUUGAGGUAUCUUAAAUGGAAUCCGGAAACGCUUUUGCCUCGCUUUUUCGGCUUUCAUGCCAUGAAAAUGUAUGGCCAGAUCUUCUACUUUAUUGUAAUGGGAAACGUCCUGAGCACCACAGAGGUCAUUCAUCGCAGAUACGACAUCAAGGGCUCAUGGGUGGACCGCAAUGCUCCCGCCUGUGUCUUGGGUGAAAAGUAUCGCUGCUCGAAAUGCAAUCGAUUCUUUACAUUCGGCGGUGCACCAGAAGAACCGUGUUUUUUGCCGGACGAAGAGCACUAUCCCGACAUAACUUUACGAGACAAUGAUUUGAAAAAACGACUCAAGCUGGAUCCUGAUACGGCUAUUAAGCUUAUGAAGCAAUUGACUCGCGACAGUGAUUAUCUCGCUAGUGCGGGCAUCAUGGAUUACAGUCUUCUUAUUGGUACGCACUACUCGCAUUUUACCAUAACGACAGAGUACAAGCGUGGGCUUUCCCAUCGCAAGUCAGUGGAAUAUACAGCACAUUGCGCUGAUGCUCAUGAUGGAAAGCCAACUAUUGAUCUCGUCUCGCAUGUAGCUGAAAAGUGUCGGUCGUCAAGUGAAGAUGAUGCAAUGUCCGAAGCCACAAGACCAUCCGAUUCUUCAGACUUUUUUCACGAAAAGCGCUCAACGUUAUUUCUUUCGUCCAAACUGCCACUGGGUGAGCGUAAAGAGUAUUUUCAUAAUCAUGCGUACCAUGCACAUCAAGUUUCGGGGCCUAGCAAAUAUUAUUUCGGCCUUGUUGAUAUUUUGCAGGAGUGGACGAUUGAAAAGCAAAUUGAGCGUGCCUAUAAAGUGCAUGUGCUUCGAAAAUCAAGUCAAGGUGUUUCGGCUGUUCCACCGACAUUAUAUGCGCAUCGCUUUCAGAGAAAAAUGAAGCAGCUUUUUAUCACAAUGCCGACAUAUCCACUCGAAGAUGAUGCGCUAGGCGAAAUCCCUGCGAUGUGUAAAUAG